AUGUCAGAAACUUCUUUGCAAGGAAAUCAAUCCAAUAAGGAAGAGCAGCCACCGUCCAAAAUACCGGAUUCAGUUAAGAAAAUAAUAUCAAUGGAAAAAGAAAAUGAAACAAAUGCUAGUCGAAAAUCUCGAAUUGAUCUUAAUGCACUGCCAACUCGUCAAUACUUGGACCAGACUGUAGUUCCCAUAUUACUCCAAGGCCUAUCUGCUCUAGCAAAAGAACGUCCUCCAGACCCUAUCAAUUAUCUGGCAGCAUAUUUAUUAAAAAAUAAAAACGCUUUUGAUAAUAACAACUCUGGAACAAAUAAUAAUGCCCCACAAAACCCUCAAACA